AGAAUUCCAAACACAAACUUCCAAAAGAUAUAAAACAUGAGAGUUCGAAGCCCAUAUCCUAUACCCUACGGUAGCCAGUGAAAAAGAAAAAAAAAAAAAGGUAGGAUUACACUCCUUAUCUGUGAGCAAAAUUAUACAUAACGUUGCUUUCCAGAUUUCUUCCUCAACAUCUUCACUGUAAUGGCAGCCAUGCUCUCACUCUCUCCAAACCCUCCUAUCAUAACUUCACUCUCUCUUUACUCCAGUUUCAAGGGAAAUCUGAAGAGCUUAAGACCAAACCCCUUUCACGUUAUCCCUAUCAGAACCAAGCAACAACAGCAACAGACACAACAAGGGCCAAGGUCUUUAGUUAUUGUGAACCAAGCGGCAAAAACCCAAGUGUCAGUUACAGCUUCUAAUGUUAGGUUCCGGUUGGGCAAUCUGGGACCUCAGCCAGGGUCAAGAAAGAAAGGGAAGAGAAAGGGGAGAGGAAUAUCUGCUGGACAAGGUGGCAGCUGUGGGUUUGGAAUGAAGGGUCAAAAAUCACGUUCUGGUCCAGGUGUUAGAAAGGGCUUUGAGGGUGGGCAAAUGCCGCUUUAUAGGCGUAUCCCCAAAUUGAGAGGGAUUGCUGGAGGUAUGCAUGCUGGAUUACCUAAAUACAUCCCCGUUAACUUAAAAGACAUAGAAACAGCAGGAUUUCAAGAGGGAGAUGAGGUGUCUUUGGAGAGUUUGAAGGACAAGGGUUUGAUCAACCCAUCAGGAAGAGAGAGGAAACUCCCUUUAAAGAUUCUUGGUGAUGGGGAGCUGAAUGUAAAGCUGAACUUCAAGGCCCGUGCCUUUUCAGCAUCUGCAAAGGAAAAGCUUGAGGCAGCUGGUUGUUCUCUCACUGUACUGCCUGGCCGAAAGAAGUGGGUUAAGCCAUCAGUUGCAAAGAACCUUGCACGAGCUGAUGAAUACUUUGCCAAGAAGAGGGCGGCAUCUGAAUCAACUUCUGCAUGAAUGGCAUGCAAUUGAUCUUCUUGUUUUGAUAAAAUUUUGAGAGCAAUGUAGAAAAUUGCAUUAUAUAAAUUUUUAUUCAUCCAUUUCGCUGUCCUUUUAGAUUCUUUUUGGGGACUGUAUUUGCUGGGAUCCAUUCAAUAUUUUGUUUUCCAUCAUGCUAGAAUGCACCCCAAAAAUGAUUUCUUGAGGAGACUUAAUUCACUUCAUUCACCAAAUGGAAAGAGUUGUUUUAGUGGUGGGGGCAAAAAAUAAGUCAAUAAUGCUAAUGCAGCGGGGGUGAAAAUUCUCAUUCGACGGAGAAACAACACAGGCCCUGGGGGCCUUGUCCCUCAUGGGUGGCCUUUACGCUCGAAUUUGGCGUCAUACAUGUUAUUGGUCUCCUCAAACAAGAAUCUCAAAUGAAACUUUUCAAUGAUCAAACAAAACGGAUCAGCUUGAAUCCUCGUCACGUCUACCAGCGGCUCCUUUCAUUGUCACUGAUUCUCACGAAUUGCCAAUUGCACUGCAAUAUUUCAUGCUUGCCUCCAUCUUCAUGCUAAUAUUCUCUUUUCUUGCAACCUGACGCCACUUCUCUAUACCAGUAAGGCGUCAUACCUAAACUGAACUUUCUGUGCGAUAAAAAGAUAAAGAGGUGGGGCAUCAUGCGUAUGGAAAUUUCUUUUGAUUAGGCAUAUGGAAUUUUCUUUCGAUUAGGCUUUGAUGAUUUUGGUUCUUCUUUUUGUUAACAAGAAAACAUCAAAUCAAGCUUUUUGAGAAGAAUUUAGCUACCAAUUGCUGUUUGACAAAAAGAACAUGGGACCCGAUAGUUAUUGCCAACCAAACCAUGUGCUUUUUCGAAAGGUUGCCAACGCCCAACUAAUUAAAAUGUGAUUAGAAGAAACUUACAAUUGACUACAAACUUGAAGGGGAUCUUCAAUUCAUAAAUAGAAAUUAAGUUAGGCAUUCAUGGCUUUCUCUAUCUAAUUAAGGAAAUUUUUCUUAAGAAAAGUGAUUGUUUUAUACAAAGAUGAUGAGUGAAACUUAAGACAAUUUAAUUAAUUUAUCUAAUCAUC